UACGAGCGGCUGGAACACUGGAGUUUUUCGAGCACCCAGCGGCUACAGUCAUGGCUGAGCGCCGCGCCUUUGCCCAGAAAAUCAGCAGGACUGUAGCAGCUGAGGUUAGGAAGCAGAUUCAUGGUCAAUAUGGAGGCUCCCCACAGCUUCUCAAAAACCUUAGUGUGGGUGGCAAUGCAACUAGCAACACUAUUCCCCUGACAGAGGCUGUAGAACCAGUGGAUUUUGAAGAGUAUUUGAUCACACAUCCAUCCAUUAAUGAGUCAGGACCUCUGAGAGAUCUGAUUGAGUUUCCUCCAGAUGACAUUGAAGUGAUAUACACUCCAAGAGAUUGCCGGACCCUUGGCCAGGCUGUACCUGAGGAGGGUGACAGUGACUCACAUGUCAGAGACUGCAUCCGAUCUUACACUGAGGACUGGGCUGUCGUUAACCGCAAGUACCACAAAUUGGGCACUGCGUUUAACCCCAAUACUUUGGAUAAGCAGAAGGAGAGGCAGAGAGGUUUACCAAAACAGGUUUUUGAGUCUGAUGAGUUGCCAGAUCACAGCAACUAUCAGGACGAUCAGGAUGAUAUGAAGCGGAGGUCCAUGUCAAUAGAUGAUACUCCACGUGGCAGCUGGGCCUGCAGUAUAUUUGACCUAAAGAACUCUCAGCCUGAUGCUUUGCUGCCUCACCUUUUGGAUCGAGUUCCCAACGAAGAGAUUGAUCGGCACAAUGAGGACCUUCGCAAAUCCAAUCGUCAUCGAGAACUCUUUGCACUGCAUCCUGCUUUGGAUGAGGAAGAGCCGAUUGAGCGCCAUUGUUUGCCUGAUGUUCCUAAAGAGCAUUUUGGACAGAGGCUUCUUGUCAAGUGUUUGUCCUUGAAGUUUGAGAUAGAAAUUGAGCCAAUAUUUGCAAGUUUGGCCUUAUAUGAUGUCAAAGAAAAGAAAAAGAUAUCAGAGAACUUUUACUUUGACUUAAACUCAGAGCAAACGAAGGCCAUGCUGCGGCCACACAUCCCAUCUGCUGCUAUUUCUACCCUGGCCCGCUCUGCCGUAUUCUCCAUCACCUACCCUUCCCAAGACGUCUUCCUCGUCAUCAAGCUUGAGAAGGUGCUACAGCAGGGAGAUAUUGGAGAGUGUGCAGAGCCUUACAUGGUCUUCAAAGAGUCUGAUGCUGCCAAAAAUAAAGAAAAGAUUGAAAAGUUGCGCAGUCAAUCAGAACAGUUCUGCCAGCGACUGGGGCGCUACCGAAUGCCCUUUGCCUGGACAGCCAUACACCUCAUGAAUAUAGUCAACAGUGCAGGCAGUCUGGAGAGAGACACAGAGCUUGAGAUGGGGCUGUCAGAGCGCAAAGGCUCGUGGUCAGAACGUAGGAAUUCAAAUAUUGUGGGCCGCCGCUCUCUGGAGAGGACCACUAGUGGAGAUGAGUCGUGCAGUCUGACCAGCUUCAGACCUGCCACCCUGACAGUCACCAACUUCUUCAAACAGGAGGGAGAUCGGCUCAGCGAUGAAGACCUAUACAAGUUCUUAGCUGACAUGCGGCGUCCAUCCUCUGUGCUGCGUAGACUGAGGCCCAUCACAGCCCAGUUAAAGAUCGACAUAUCUCCAGCCCCUGAGAACCCUCACUAUUGCCUGACCCCUGAACUGCUCCAAGUUAAGCCUUAUCCAGACAGUCGUGUGCGUCCAACAAAAGAGAUCCUGGAGUUCCCCGCAAGGGACGUCUAUGUGCCCAACACCACAUACAGGAACCUCCUGUAUGUGAACACACAGAGCCUGAACUUUGCUAAUCGUCAAGGCUCUGCACGCAACAUUACAGUGAAAGUACAGUUCAUGAAUGGAGAAGACCCCAGCAAUGCUAUGCCUGUAAUCUACGGUAAAUCCAGCUGCUCAGAGUAUUGCAGAGAGGCGUACACCGCUGUAGUCUAUCAUAAUAGAUCACCAGAUUUCCAUGAUGAAGUUAAAAUCAAGCUACCAGCCUCGCUGACCGACCACCAUCACAUCCUCUUUACUUUCUACCAUGUCAGUUGUCAGCAGAAACAGAACACACCACUGGAGACGCCUGUUGGAUACACGUGGAUUCCUAUGCUGCAGAAUGGACGCUUGAGAACAGGUCAUUUCUGCCUCCCAGUGUCUCUGGAGAAACCUCCUCAGUCUUACUCUGUUCUCUCUCCUGAUGUUCCUCUUCCUGGCAUGAAAUGGGUGGAUAACCACAGAGGGGUUUUCAAUGUUGAAGUUGUGUCUGUAUCUUCCAUCCACACACAGGACCAAUAUUUAGAUAAGUUCUUUGCUCUGGUGCAUGCUCUGGAUGAGCACAUGUUCCCUGUGAGGAUAGGAGACAUGCGCAUUAUGGAGAAUAAUCUAGAGGCUGAGUUGAAGUCAAGUAUUGCAGCUUUGAAUUCCUCUCAGCUGGAGUCUGUGGUGCGCUUCCUCCACCUACUGCUGGACAAACUGGUGCUGUUGAUGGUGCGCCCACCUGUUAUAGCUGGCCAGAUAGUGAAUCUCGGCCAGGCUUCUUUUGAAGUGAUGGCUUCCAUAGUGAACCGGCUGCAUAAGUAUUUGGACACCAGUCAGGAUAUGCACGGCCGAAACAGCCUCCUCUCUUCAUAUAUUCACUAUGUCUUCCGCCUACCUAACAUGGAUCCCAACUCCCCCUCUCCAGGUCCAGGAGGAUUAGGCUGCUCGGUGCAUUAUGCCACCAUGGCCCGUUCUGUAGUUAGACCUGCAAGCCUCAAUCUCAAUCGCUCUCGUAGCCUUAGCAAUAGUAACCCAGACAUCUCUGGCACUCCAACUUCCCCAGAUGAUGAAGUACGCUCCAUCAUUGGCAGUAAGGCCAUGGAGCGCAGUGGCAAUCGCAUGUCAUCGCACACUGAGAGUGCCAGUUUCUUGCAAACAUUAACAGGACGCUUGCCAACCAAAAAGCUCUUUCAUGAGGAGCUUGCCCUGCAGUGGGUGGUUAGCAGUGGCAGCGUGAGGGAGGGAGCUCUGCAACAGGCCUGGUUCUUCUUUGAACUCAUGGUUAAAAGCAUCAUCCAUCACUUAUACUUUACUGACCGAUUGGAAUCUCCCAGAAAGAACCGCUUCCCAGAGCGCUUCAUGGAUGACAUCACCGCUCUGGUUAGCACCAUUGCAGGUGACAUUGUCUCACGUUUCCAGAAGGAUCUUGAGUUGGUGGAAAGGCUCAACACAAGUUUAGCCUUCUUUCUCAAUGACCUCUUGUCAGUCAUGGAUAGAGGCUUUGUGUUCACUCUCAUCAAAACCUACUGGAAACAGGUGUCUACCAAGCUCUUUGCACUACAGAACCCCACUCUAGAGUCUCUGAGGCUGGACUUCCUGAGGAUCAUCUGCAGUCAUGAACACUAUGUCACUCUUAACCUUCCCUUCAGUCUACUUACACCCCCAGCUUCCCCAUCUCCUUCUGUCUCCUCUGCCACAUCUCAGAGUUCAGGUUUCUCUACCCAUGUGCAGGACCAAAAGAUUGCCAACAUGUUUGAGCUGUCUGUGCCCUUCAGAGAGCAGCAUUACCUUGCUGGUCUCGUUCUGACAGAGCUGGCUGUCAUUCUGGAACCUGAGGCGGAUGGGUCAGUACCCUGGAUGUUUGGUCUCCAAAAGAAGGUCAUAAGUGUGGUCCAUAAUCUGCUCUCUAGUCAUGACUCUGAUCCACGCUAUGCUGACCCUGAGGUCAAAGCCAGGGUUGCCCUGCUCUACCUGCCACUCAUAGGCAUUGUUAUGGAAACCCUUUCCCAGCUCCAUGAUUUCACUGAAUCACAUAAUCAGUGGGGUCGACCAGGUAUUGAGGAGCAGGAAGCUGAGGGCAACAGUAUGAUCAGCCAGACUGUUGCCAUGGCAAUAGCAGGGACCUCUGUUCCACAGAUGUCACGGCCUAGUAGUUUUCUGCUCAAUCCACAGGCCACCCGUCAGCAUGGUUCAUUCUCAGCUGAGUCCAGUCGCAGUCUUCUUAUCUGUCUGCUGUGGGUGCUGAAGAAUGCAGAUGAGAUGGUGCUUCAAAAAUGGUUCACAGACCUGUCUGUCUCCCAGCUCAACCGCCUGCUGGACCUGCUCUACCUCUGCGUCUCCUGCUUUGAAUACAAGGCCCAUUUUUUGUUCAUGCAGGGGAAGAAGGCAUUUGAACGAAUGAAUAGUCUAACCUUCAAGAAAUCUAAAGACAUGAAGGCAAAGUUAGAAGAAGCCAUCCUGGGCAGUAUUGGAGCCAGACAGGAGAUGGUGCGACGGAGCAGGGGUCAGCUUGAGAGAAGUCCAUCAGGCAGUGCUUUUGGCAGUCAGGAGAAUCUGCGCUGGAGGAAGGACAUGACUCAUUGGCGUCAGACCAGCGAAAAGAUGGACAAGGGCCUGAGAUCAGUCAGGUUUAAGGGAACCCUACUGCGCAAUGGGAGAAGUCGGGAACCCUUCUUGGAUAGGACCAGGGCUGAGCUUGAGCAUGAAGCAAUUAUUGAUGGCAAUCUGGCGACUGAAGCUAAUCUUAUCAUAUUGGAUACGCUUGAAAUAAUAGUUCAGACUGUUUCAGUGACGGAGUCCAAAGAAAGUAUUCUUGGAGGCGUUCUAAAGGUCCUUCUACACAGUAUGGCAUGCAACCAAAGUGCCCUCUAUUUGCAACACUGCUUUGCUACACAGAGAGCUCUUGUGUCGAAGUUUCCAGAGCUUCUGUUUGAGGAAGAGACAGAGCAGUGUGCUGACUUGUGCCUGCGUCUCCUGAGAAAUUGUAGCAGUAGCAUCAGCACCAUCAGAGCCCAUGCCAGCGCCUCUCUCUACCUCCUCAUGAGACAGAACUUUGAGAUCGGAAAUAACUUUGCUCGAGUGAAAAUGCAGGUGACUAUGUCUCUUUCAUCACUGGUGGGUACAUCCCAGAACUUCAAUGAGGAGUUUCUGCGCCGCUCGCUCAAGACCAUCCUCACUUAUGCAGAAGAAGACCUGGAGCUCAGAGAAACCACCUUUCCUGACCAGGUUCAAGACCUGGUGUUUAACCUGCACAUGAUUCUGUCAGACACAGUAAAAAUGAAGGAACAUCAGGAAGAUCCAGAAAUGCUGAUUGAUCUGAUGUACAGGAUUGCUAAGGGCUAUCAAACUUCACCAGACUUACGUCUUACCUGGCUGCAGAAUAUGGCUGGGAAGCAUUCAGAGAGGAAUAACCAUGCAGAGGCAGCCCAGUGCUUAGUACACAGCGCCGCCUUGGUGGCUGAGUACCUCAGCAUGCUUGAGGACCGCAAGUACCUGCCUGUGGGCUGUGUCACCUUUCAGAAUAUUUCUUCAAAUGUGCUGGAGGAAUCAGCAGUAUCAGAUGACGUGGUGUCCCCAGAUGAGGAGGGUAUCUGCUCGGGGAAGUACUUCACUGAGGCGGGAUUGGUUGGGUUGCUGGAACAGGCUGCAGCCUCCUUUUCUAUAGCUGGCAUGUACGAAGCAGUGAACGAAGUGUACAAAGUACUCAUCCCUGUUCAUGAGGCCAACAGGGAUGCCAAGAAGCUGUCCACUAUUCAUGGUAAACUUCAGGAAGCCUUUGGAAAAAUUGUGCACCAGAGCACAGGCUGGGAGAAUGGAAAGCGAAUGUUUGGCACCUAUUUCAGAGUUGGAUUUUAUGGUUCUAAGUUUGGUGACUUGGAUGAACAGGAGUAUGUGUACAAAGAGCCAGCUAUCACUAAACUGGCAGAAAUCUCACAUCGGCUUGAGAGUUUCUAUGGUGAAAGGUAUGGUGAGGAUCAAGUGGAAGUCAUUAAAGACUCUAAUCCAGUCGACAAGUGUAAAUUGGACCCAAAUAAGGCCUUUAUUCAGAUUACAUAUGUUGAACCAUACUUCGACACUUAUGAAAUGAAGGACCGCAUCACUUAUUUUGAUAAGAACUACAACCUGCGACGCUUUGUCUACUGCACGCCAUUCACACUCGAUGGAAGAGCUCACGGUGACCUGCACGAACAGUUUAAACGAAAGACCAUCCUCACUACCUCCCACGCCUUCCCCUAUAUCAAAACCCGCAUCAACAUCAUCCACAAAGAGGAGAUCAUCUCCACACCUAUUGAAGUAGCUAUUGAGGAUAUGCAGAAGAAGACUCAAGAGUUGGCCUUUGCCACUCACCAGGACCCAUCUGAUGCCAAAAUGCUGCAGAUGGUUCUGCAGGGGUCUGUUGGCACUACUGUUAACCAGGGCCCUCUUGAGGUGGCCCAGGUUUUUCUGUCUGAGAUCCCAAGUGACCCUAAACUCUAUAGACACCACAAUAAACUACGACUUUGCUUCAAAGACUUCACCAAGAGAUGUGAAGAUGCCCUUCGUAAAAAUAAGAGUCUGAUUGGACCAGACCAGAAAGAGUAUCAGAGGGAGUUGGAGAGGAACUACCAUAGGCUAAAAGAAGCUCUGCAUCCUCUCAUUAACAGGAAGAUCCCACAGCUUUACAAACCUGUGUUACAGGUCAACUCACACAGAGACUCUUUUAGCAGAAUGAGCCUUCGCAAGCUAGACAUGUGAAGAAGAAGAAUAAAAAGGACAAAUACAAUUUUAUUUAUUUGUAUAUAUCAAUCCUCUUCACAGUAUCUGUGUUUCUGCCAUAAAGUAAUAAAGCUAAGUGUCUAGAAGUUUGGUACAUCAUUACAAAUUUGUAUUAUUUUACAAAAUGGCCUGUUACAUGAUCAUAAGAAUCAGUGGUGAGCAAAUAAUUUGUCAAAUUUGUAUUCCAUUUUCCUAUGUGCAGUUUUUUUCAUCCCAGUGCAUUUUUAAGCCAUGGUACAAAUUUAUAGUUUGUUUAAUUUAAACAGAAACUAAAAAAAAAAUAAUUACAUUUCAGCAAUAUGUACUUUUUGUUUACUUUAAAUAUUUUACAAAAUAAAUACUCUAAUAGCCAUUGUGGUGUG